AUGUUCGAGAAGCAAAUCGGGAGAAAUGUGGAGGUUUACGUUGAUGAUAUGCUCGUCAAGAGCAAGGAAGAAGAAAACCAUCUGGACGACCUCAGAGAGACGUUCAACACUCUCAGACGAUAUAGCAUGAAACUAAACCCGUCCAAAUGUGCCUUUGGGGUUUCCUCGGGAAAGUUUCUCGGGUUUGUAGUAUCGCAGAGAGGGAUUGAAGCAAAUCCCGAGAAGGUCAGGGCCAUCCUGGAAAUGUCUUCACCCAGGACGGUCAAAGAAGUGCAGUCCCUGACAGGGAGAAUUGCGGCCCUCAAUCGGUUCGUUUCGAAGGCAACGGACAAAUGCCUUCCGUUCUUCAAAACUUUGAAGAAAGCGUUUUCAUGGACGGAGGAAUGCGAAGCGGCCUUCCAAGAGCUAAAAAGUUAUCUUAGCAACCCGCCCCUCCUGAGCCCGUCCAAAGAAGGUGAAGAGCUAUUCCUGUACUUAGCCGUCUCAACCACAGCUGUCAGCGCGGCAUUGAUUAGAGAAGAUGGUGGUUUACAACUUCCUGUGUAUUACGUUAGCCAGGCCUUCCAGGGCGCCGAGGCACGGUACCCGCGUAUGGAGAAGAUCACCUUCGCCCUGAUUAUGGCCUCAAGGAAACUCCGUCCGUAUUUUCAAGCCAAUCCCAUCGUCGUGAUGACGGAUCAGCCCAUUAAAAAGGCAAUGAACAAACCAGAAGCAGCAGGAAGAAUGGUGCAGUGGGCAGUCGAGCUCAGCCAGUUCGACAUAAAGUAUCGUCCAAGGGUGGCAAUAAAAGCACAGGCACUAGCAGAUUUUAUAGCAGAGUUCACCGUCCCUGAAAACGUAGAGAACAUCUGGACGGUUAAUACUGAUGGAUCGUCCACCCAACACGGAGGCGGAGCCGGCAUCGUCCUCACUUCUCCCGAAAAGAAUGUUAUCAAGUAUGGAGUCCAACUUAAGUUCCCGGUGACCAAUAAUGAAGCAGAAUAUGAGGCACUGCUGGCAGGGUUAAGAGUGGCUCGAGCACUAGGAGCUGAGAAUGUUGUGCUCAGGAGCGAUUCUCAACUCGUCAUUGGACAAGUAAGAGGGGAGUACGAGGCAAAGGAAACAAGGAUGCAGAAAUACCUCAAGCUGACAAACCAAUUGAUCAGUUCCUUCAAAUACGCAGAGUUCGUCCAAAUCCCCAGAGAACAGAACACAGAAGCUGAUGAGGUGGCCCGAAGUGCCUCAACGGACAGUGGAGGUAAGAAGUCCGAUUGGAGGAUGGAAGAACAGAACCAUCCCAGCAUACUGGAACUUCAGAUUUCCACCGUCCACACAGACAGUGGAUGGACGAAUCCGAUAAUCACCUUCCUUCAAGAAGGACGACUACCGGAUGAUCCAGAGGAAGCUAAAAAGAUCAGAAAACGAGCAGCCAGAUUCACGAUACUUAAUGACGAACUUUAUAAAAGAGGCUACUCUCAGUCGUAUUUGAGAUGUGUUGAAAAGGAGGAAGCCAGGUACAUCCUUGAAGAAGUGCAUGGUGGGAUCUGCGGAGAUCACGCGGGGGCAAAGUCUCUCGCCAGAAACAUCAUGAGAGCUGGCUACUUUUGGCCAACAAUGCAACAAGACGCAGCCGACUUUGUGAGGACGUGUGACAGUUGCCAGAGGUAUGGGAAUGUUCAAAGGAUCCCCGGAGAGAAGAUGACCACAAUAUCAUCUCCCUGGCCAUUUGCGCAAUGA